CCAUGCCAUUUCGACGUGUUAGUGGAAGAAUCGCGUGUUUGCGUGAGUAGCACAUGUGGACACGUAUUUGCUAUGUAAACUAGUAUCCUGACCUGCUGUUAUAUCAAGUGCGCGAAAACCCACGUUGUGGUAGACACGAUGGCGGGUAUUCGAGAUUCCGCCAAGCGGUGUUUUCCGCUGCAAGACAUCAAGUCGGUCGUGUCACUUUUUCGAACAGAGCUCACCGAGACCACGGAGCCCAGCCUGGCCAUGCUGUCCAUAGUGGCUGGCAUCAUCGAGAACGUUUUCACCAGCAAUCGCGGCGGCUCAUCUUCGUCUGACUCCUCCGAGCCGACCGGCCGCGCUACCGUCAACAGCAGUGGCAGCCCAGCAACAGCCGCGGUGGGCAUUGAACCCAUCUUCCCCGUGGUGGAACUGCCGAACGUGGAGGCGCUUUAUUGCAAGUUCGAAGCCCAGAUUAAGGGGUCCGUAGACCUAAGCGACUACAAGCCGGGGUACGCCACGCGGGGGUUAAUCAAAAAGGUCUCAGACAUCAUCUGGAGCUCACUGACAAGGUCCUACUACAAGGAAAAGGCGCACCUUCAGUCACUCUUCAGUUAUCUUACAGGAAACAAGUUGGACUGUUUUGGUGUGGCGGUUGCCGUGGUAGCAGCAUGCCAGAUUCUGGGCUAUGAGGACGUUCAUCUGGCACUGUCAGAGGAUCACGCCUGGGUGGUAUUUGGAGAGGACGGGACCGACACGGCCGAGGUCACAUGGCACGGCAAAGGGAAUGAGGACAAGAGGGGACAGUCCAUCAAGCUAGGCGUUGCUGAAGGAAGCUGGCUCUAUCUCAACGAUCACCCAGUAGUCUGUGACAGGAGGAUGGAGGUGGCUGCCCUAGUCUCGGCAAUUAAUCCCUCCAUUAAUUCUUCGCUUGACAGUAUUGAGCUGGCAUCCCUCCAGCAGGACCUGAUGUGGUUACUCUAUGAUCUUGGACAUCUUAAAAAGUACCCAAUGGCCCUCGGUAACCUUGGUGACUUGGAGAGUAUAGACCCGACACCGGGAAGGCCGUCAACCAUCGAGUUGUUCCAAGAAGCCAUAGCUGUAGGCCAGAAUGAGUACGAUAACCACCACGUGUACCCCUACACAUAUUUAGGAGGCCACCUGUACCGCAAGUAUGAGUAUAAGAGAGCCAUGGAGCAGUGGGCCGAAGCUGCUGGUGUAAUCAGUCGGUACAAUUACAACAGAGAAGAUGAGGAAGUAUACAAAGAGUUCAUGGAGAUAGCAAAUGAUCUGAUCCCGUACAUCCUCAAGACAGGCUCUGCUGGUGAUUCAGAGUCACCCAUGAAAGUCAUCAAUGACCCUGCAUGCUACGGCUACUUUCUGCGCUUCUAUGACGGCAUCUGCCUGUGGGAGGAGGGGAGCACCACCCCUGUCCUGCAUAUCACCUGGGCCAAGCGCUUCAUUGCCUCGCUGACGCGGUUCUCCGCUGACAUCCGGGAGCUGGUGGAGGUAGAGUCAGGUAGGUCCGGCAGGUUAAGCUCAGAGGUGGAAGCGCAGGGAGAAAACGGAAACCAGGAGGAGUCGAAACAGGUUAAGACUGAUGACAUCAAGGAGGAGGAGACAGAGACAAAAGAAGAGGCCACAGGAAAAGAGGCAGGCGAUAAGAAGAAGGAAGAUUUUAAUCAGAAUAUUGUUUCAAGAGGUAAGAGGCAGCAGAAAGCUGGACAACCUUCUGACAGCCAGGGACGGACUGAUACCAAGGGCAUUGACUCAGCAAGUGCCGCGGCGCCCUUUGUUGAUGCUUCCUGUAGUGACACCAUGCUCAGCUCAGAGACGGACUUUAAUGACUUCCUGAGCACGAGGAGCAACGGGAGCGCCUUCCCCGGCAUGACCAUGGAGUCAGUCAUGAAGGCCGAGAGCCCCGCUGAGAUGGCCUUCAGCCGCCGCUGGAAAUCGCAGAUGUCAGAGGAGGAGGAAGAGGAGGAAGAGGGCAAGGAUGUCAGGGAGGACCCAGACGGCCUCCACUCUGACAGUGAGGACUGCCCGGACUUGCCCGUCUGCCGGCCACCCAUGGCCCACAUCCUUCUCUACAGUGCCAAGAUGCUGGCUCUCAAGGAGAUCCUGACCACCUCAGGGAAGCUGAACAUGGCUGCUAUCCAGCUGCAGCUGACCGCCCAGUCCCAGGUGCACGUCAGCAAGAGGCCCCGCUCCAUCAGUGAAUACGAGGACUAUGGCAGUCUAAGACGGAGACCCCGACGGGAAUGAUGAGCUGUAACCAUAGAGAUGGGAGAACAAUAGGGAACAGAAAGUGAGCUAGAAAAAUGAUUUUUAAAACAGCAAAACAAACAAACGGGUUUGUAUUGAUACUGAAAUGUUGCUUUUGUGACCAGAACUGAACAAAAUGAGUCAUGUUAGUUUUGAUAAGCUCCCCUGAGGUACCCGGUAUGGCUUGCACAGUGUAAAGCACACCGUGUAGUUUAUAUUGUCCAGUGCUCAUUUUUAAUAAACGAGACAAAUCUGGGUGUUAAAAAAUGACUCAUUUUGUCUGGAUCUGAUCGCAUUUGAUCCAGCCAUUGAGAUGUACAGGUGUAGCCAUUGAGAUGUACAGGUGUUAAUCCCUUAUGCUUUGUGUAUGACUUAACACACCAGAUAAGAGUGUGUUUAUUUUAUAGCCCUGUUAUUGCCAUCUUAUGUGUAAAAAGUAUGUUUACCAAAGAUAUGUUGUAUUUGGUAGUUGGAAGUGACCGAAAUGUUGAGUCAUUGAGAGAAAAUGACAGGCAGGGGUUUAUCUAGUAUUUUUCUGACUAUUGUUUUCAAAUCCUACCAUUUUAUUGUGUACCAUAGUUGUUGCCUCUGCAAACGCUAUGUGCUCUUGCAUGGCAAAAUUAGGUUUUAGCUGAGACUGAAUUAAUCGUAUGACAAACCUUCCCUUUUUUUCUCACUAGAGAAAUAAACUAGAAAGAGUUUCCAAGUUGUUUGUGUAAAAGGAUAAAGCUCAAGGCAUGUGUCGUUCGUUGGUGAGAAUGAAGGUGUCAUUCUUACCCACAAAUGGUGCAUACCAAGGGUAUUACGCGCCAUGACCUCUACUUGUGACCUCAGUUUAUUGUUUCCACCACUCCAUUAUUUUGAACAAAUAGAGUGACGUCCUUAAAUAGAAAGACAAGAUUUAUUGUAAGAUCAAAAUGCUGCAGUCAUUUGUAACCCUUGUACAGCAAAGCAGCAUUUAUUCACUAGGGGGAUGUUGUGCCAGCGUGGUGUGCAGUCAGAGUGACAAAGACAGUGACAGUGACAUGUUUACCUUGAGCAGAAGCACCCCUCGUCAGUUGAAAAGAGCCCCAUUGGUGGGGAGUGUUCAUUUUGUGGGUAGUGACAUGACCAUAAUGCGUUCAUUUCAUAGUCAUUUGUGAAUCAGCGAAGUGCAGUUCUCAACAAAUGAGCUUCCAUUGCUAGGAAAUGGUGGCUUCUCUUAGUCCUAAGUGAGGGAGAUUGUUAACCCACAAUAUAUUUGGUAAAAAAAACCAAAACAGUGACAGUACUGAUGAUUCAGUGGCUGAUGUGUUGGCAUUGGAACACGCAUCCUAAGCAAGAUUAGAAAAUUGUACUUGCCAGCCCAUAGUUUUUGAUAUUAUGUGAUGAGCUCUAUGCUGACAACAGCACUUGCUCUCCAAGAAAAAGUCAUCAAAUCUGAUUGUUUUGAGAGCUCUGGGUGGAGAUUAGGAGACAGUAAGAAUGAGUAUGAGAAGGUUAACUGUAGCAAUGACUUUAUUUCCUGGAAAUAACUAUUGUUUUUCAUGAGGGUUCCUUCACUAAAGUACUGUUAUUCCUUCAAUUUCACUCGGCCAAAUUAAAUUUAAAAUUCUUCAGGAAAAAAAUGAGCAAUUGAAAAUAGUCAGAGUUGGCCACUGCACAGUUGGCAAACCGAUUACAUUUUUCAUAGCUAGGACACAUACAUUGUGGCAUUAAUGAAAAAAAAAUUUGGAAUGCCUAAUUGCUGGAAUCAUUAUUCUCAAAUUGUUUGUCGGAUUCUGCAAGGGGUUUGAUACAAGCAAUGCUUCUUGUCAUGAUUAUUAACUGUUUAAAAUUUGCAUUGAAUGCUCGAGCCAAGAAAAGCUGUAUCCAAAAAAAAAAGAGUAAAAAUUGCUAGUCAUUGUAUGUUAAGUUUUCCAGUUCUUCUGUUCAAGGACUGCUAUUUUGCCAUUGUUCAAGUUUUGGUUCUAUUGUCAAAUACAGUGUAUUGAAGAAGAGAUGUCUUCAUUGCUCCAUUUGGGCCAAAUAAUGGGAGGGGGCAAAAAAUAAUGUGAUGUCACAGGUGGAGGUUAACUAGUGAUAUUGAGUCCAAAACAUUCCAGUUGAAAAUGGCUCUUUGGUGAAGAAAAACGUGUUACUAAUUGUUGAUUUUUUCACCAUUUACCAAAAAUGUUCCAAUAUGGAUACAUGUAUAUUUUGUAAAUUGAAUAUUUAAACCGAAUUUGUGGGAAAGAUUUUUUUUUAAAGAUAGAACAUGAAAUGUGUCACUCAUCUCUACAAGGUUUAUGGUCAUCAAGUUGGUUGGAAAACCAAGUCCGGUAAAAUGUCAAAUUAUUUAUAUAUUUUUCCCUUUUAAAUUCUCCCACCGUUUGUUAUGUCUUAGUCACAGAUUGUCAGCACAAAAGUUUACUCUAAAAGUGCACGGAAUACGUCAAAUGUGAAGUUUAAAAGAAGUUUAAUGCCAAAACAAUAUUAGUUUCAAAGAAUGUUCAGACUUUUGGGCAAAACCUAUUGAACUUAAAAAAUCUCAAAGCAGGUCAUAAUGAUAGACUCUCUGAAAAAGUUUGACUUGUGACUUGCUUUCCCAAAUAGAUGAUACAUGUACUAAGAAUAAUAUUCAAUCAAAGAGAUUGCGCCACAAGCCGUCAUGAUAUUUUGAGUUAAAUCAUUGAACUGAUGAAGUUGUUCUUGUCUGGGGAGCCAUGUACAUGUAGAAAUGAAGCAGCUGAUAUAUUAGGACAUUACUUCCCGCUCCUACAUGUAAAUGUACUUUGUAAGUGAUGUUUCCUCUACAAGAUUUUGCCAGCUUGAGCACAGGAGACCCAGAAGUCAUGCCAAAACUGACACAAUUUUUGUGGAAUUUGAACUAAAACUGAGAAUUGUUGCUCAGUUAUUUGACACAAAUGUAUUUAAUCAUUUUGUAGCGCGUGCAGCUUACAUGUGUGUUGAUAAAAUGUUUAAGGCAGUUCACUUUUUUAAACAAAAUUAACUGUUUCUGAGAUGUACUUCAUUUUUCUUUGCUAUAAUUGAUUACUCUCAGUCUUAUUUUUACACCAGCUUUUCUUACAAUAAAUCUUCUGGGAGUUAAAUUUGAAUAAAAGCUGGUACACUGACUUCUUUAAAUUCACAUGAACAUAAUCUGAAUUACUAUAUCAUGAUUCAGGGAAAGCUUUUGCUUAGUCACAUAAGAGACGCCUUGCACCAAUACAAUUUGCAAUAAUACACAUAUAAGAAGGGCACA